UCGCCCGGUAAAGUGUACUUUAGCCCCCAAUAGUUUUUUCUCAUAUUUGGAAAUGUAAAUGAUUUUCCUAGAUUCCACCCGGGUUCUAAGAAUUGACAGGGAUUCCUCCUUUUCGUUAAAUUUUGUUCUUUUAUGAUUUUCAGAUUUGCGGGCUUAGCUUUUUGUGCAUAUUUAUUGCAGACAAUACAAAGUGGAUUUCUCUUCAAACACCAAGUAUGUAGCAGAGAGUUUUCUUGUCACAAUUCUUGGAGAAUAAUGGCCUUAUGGUUGACCAAAAUCGCCUACUGCCUUCAUUAAACAACACUCUAUUCUCUUCACCUCUUCAAUUUCCAACAAAUCAAGAACAAUUUUCUUCAAUUAUUGGCCAGACUCCAAUUAAUUUAAUGUCAAGGAAUGAAGGUUAUAAUGGUGGAUAUGUCCUUUUAAUGAAGAAACUUAUCAAAAAAGCAGCAAAAUGUUGGUACCGAAAACAGCAGAACUGGUAUUCGACAACUUUGGUGGAAUAAAUAGGUUUUUCUCAUAUUUGGGAAUGUAACUGAUUUCAUAUGUUCCACCCAGGUCAAUGAAAAUUGUAAAAAAAUUACUCCACACUUAUUUUAUUCACUUAUUUCAGAUUAUGAAUUUUGUUGGAAGCGGAGGAUGAUGUUGUUGCAUUUUAUUUUUCCCGAUGAGGAAGUGAUGACUGAAUUUUUGGUUAUAAUUUAUUAUUUAUUACGAAUUGACUCUCUUA